AUGGCUUCGCUCGAUCUGUUCCUUUCGCAGCUGUUCAACCUGUCAUCUGACAAUGACACCGAGGUUCGCAAGAUGGUGUGCCAGUCCUUCUCCCAGCUUGUGGAAUUUGCACCAGAAAAGCUCAUCCCGCACUUGGAUGGCCUCGUCAACUAUAUUCUCAUUCAGCAGCGAAACCAAGAGGACCCAGAGCUUGCUCUUGACGCGGCAGAGUUUUGGAUUGUUGCUGGUGAGCAGGAUAAAUUGCAGCAGGCUUUGGCUCCCUUCAUGCCAAAGGUCAUUCCGGUUCUGCUCCAGAACAUGAUUUACGAUGAAGACGAAGUCGAACGCCUGAUGAACGAAGCGGAUGAUGCCGAUGCCGAGGAUCGCGCAGAAGACUUGAAGCCGCAAUUUGCCAAGGCCCAGGGUGCUCGUGGUGACAAGAAGCAGGGUGAACAGGCCAACGGUGCUCAGAAGCCGCAACCCCAGGAGGAAGACGAGGACGAUCUCAGCGAGGGCGAAAUUGAGGAUUCCGAAUUUGGUGACCCUGAGGAUGAAUGGACUCUGCGGAAGUGCUCCGCUGCCGCCCUGGAUGUUUUCUCGAAUGUCUACCAUAACCCGAUCUUCGAGAUUAUUCUGCCCUACUUGAUGGAGACCCUGCGCCAUGAGCAGUGGCCUAAUCGCGAAGCUGCAGUUCUUACUCUGGGAGCUGUAGCAGAUGGUUGCAUGGAUGCAGUUACUCCCCAUCUCCCCGAGCUUGUGCCUUAUCUGAUUUCUUUGCUGAACGACGCUCAACCCGUUGUGCGCCAAAUUACUUGCUGGUGCUUGGGACGUUACUCUGAGUGGGCCUCUCAUCUGCAAGACCCCGCGCAGAAGGCCCAGUUCUUUGAGCCAAUGAUGGAAGGUAUUCUUCAUCGGAUGCUGGACAACAACAAGAAGGUGCAGGAAGCAGCCGCGUCUGCAUUCGCCAGCUUAGAGGAAAAGUCAGAUGACAACUUGGUGCCCUAUUGUGAGCCCAUUCUUCGUCAAUUCGUUCAAUGCUUCGGCAAGUACAAGGAUCGCAACAUGUACAUUCUCUAUGACUGCAUCCAAACGCUCGCCGAGUGCGUUAUGGAAGAGCUGGCCAAGCCUCAAUUGGUUGAAAUUCUUAUGCCCGCUCUCAUCGGCCGGUACAACCUUGUUGCGGAUGAUUCACGAGAGAUCUUCCCGCUACUCGAGUGUCUUGGCUACGUCGCUGCUGCAUAUGGAGAUGCGUUUGCGCCAUUUGCGCCAAACCUCUUCCAGCGCUGCACUGGUAUCAUCUACAAAAACCUUGAAACAUCCCACGCCGCGACGAGUAACGAGACUGUUGAUGAGCCGGAUAAGGAUUUCCUCGUCACCAGCCUCGAUCUUCUCAGUGCCAUCAUCCAAGCCAUCGACCCUCAAAAGAGUGGCGAGCUGGUGGCCAACUCCAACCCACACUUCUUCGAUCUGCUCUGCUACUGCAUGCAAGAUGCUAACUACGAGGUACGCCAGUCUUCAUACGCCCUGCUGGGUGACUGUGCCAUCAGCAUCUUCCCUCACAUGGUGUCCUUCAUCCCCACCAUCAUGCCUACUAUCAUCCAACAGCUUGACUUGGACCUUAUCCGUGAUGACGACCGCCACACUGGUUUCAGUGUAUUGAACAACGCCUGCUGGUCGUGCGGCGAGAUUGCUGUGAAUGAGAACGCCCCUCUGGCGCCUUAUGUCGAGAAGCUGUACCAUGGACUUUUGGUCAUCAUUAAUAGCCCGGAUAUCAUCGACUCGGUCAAUGAGAACGCUGCCAUGGCCCUUGGACGCCUUGGCCUCUGCUGUCCCGAUGCAAUGGCACCUCAACUGAGCGAGUACGCUGGUCCGUUCCUGAACUCGAUGGCCAAGAUCGAUUUCACUCGCGAGAAGGCUUCGGCGUUCCUCGGCUUCAACCAGGUGGUCAUGAAGAACCCCCAGGCCAUGGAGUCCAGCCUGGCGGAAUAUUUCCGGGCCAUUGCUUCUUUCCCGAGCAAGUCGCUCUCCCAAGAGGAAUACCGGGACAUCAAGAGCUCCUUCCAACAGGUCUUACAAGGCUAUAAAAAUAUGAUACCCGACUUCGGUUCUUUCCUCGAGCAGCAACUUUCGGCCCAAGCGGCCCAGAAGCUGCGUUCCAACUAUCAGGUUUGA